UGAAAUUUUUACCUGGCAUCUCUGUUCGAACCUUCGACUCGUCCAUUUCGUUUUCAGCUUCGGCAGAGUGAAGUUUUUGUCCGCGGUUCAGCGCUGUUCAAGUCGACUUGAUUAACUCGACCAGGACAAUUUAACAUUAAUAAUGGCAAGCACCGGAAAGGAUAUCGAGAAACCGGUAGCGGAGGCAGCGACCGUACACCGUAUUCGUAUUACACUGACUUCUCGCAACGUGCGAAGUCUGGAGAAAGUUUGUGCCGAUUUGAUCAGUGGAGCUAAGAAGCAGAAGUUACGUGUAAAGGGUCCGGUUCGCAUGCCCACAAAGAUCCUGCGUAUCACCACCCGUAAGACGCCUUGCGGUGAGGGAUCAAAGACUUGGGAUCGAUUCCAGAUGCGCUUACACAAACGUAUUAUUGAUUUGCAUUCGCCCUCUGAGAUAGUCAAACAGAUCACGUCUAUUAACAUCGAGCCCGGUGUGGAGGUCGAGGUCACCAUUGCCGAUCCUUAGGCAGUGCAUUUCACAAUACGGCGACUACCACAAACCAUGGGAAGAUUCCAUAAAGUAACCAUUGUAUGGUUACCUUACAAGUUCAGUGGAAUUUAAAAUAAAGAUAAAAUUUAAAUUA